AUGAAUAAUUAUAUUCCUUUAUGGCUAAUAGCACUGGUUGCUACCAUUCAAACAUUACCAACAAUAGAUAAUUAUAAUGACAACAACAAUAAAAAUGAUAGCAGUAUUGAUCAUGAUAAUAAAGGCUUCUUAAUAAAUACUAAUCUACAAGAUGAUCAUCAUUACAAAGCAAAUGUUGCACGUAAUGUUCGUCGUAUAAUUGACGGUAAACUACAUUAUAUUAAAGCAGCCGAUGUCACUUAUCGCCAACGUUUACGUAAUGAUCAAUGUGUAGUUGAAUAUAAUGAUCAAUAUUUAACUGAAAAUAGUCUUGUACAAAUUCGAAAAAAACUUUAUCGAGUAGAAGAUUGUUUAUUGGAAAGAGUAUUUCAUGCAUGUGGUCCAAAUUUAUUAUUAAUGUUAAAUGUUGUUUGUCGAAUUGUUGAACAACAUCAAACAACAACAACACCACCACCAUUACCAAGUGUCCAACAACGAACAAUGUCAGCACCAGCGCUAUUUUUUCGUCGAAUAUAUCCAACAAUUAACAGAAUCCCACGAGAAAUCAAAGCAUCACGAAUGAUUACAGAAUCAUGUUGUGAAAGUCUAUGUACUCUCUCUGAAUUAACGAGAUAUUGUCAUCGUUAA